UUUCAGUUGUUCGUAAGUUGUGGUUGUUUGUUUUUUUAUUUUUAAAAUUGCAACCCCCUUUCCAACCUAAAAGCUCAUGGAGAACAACAUUAAUGUGGAUACUCUGCAGCUCAUAAAGGAAAAGGCUAUGAAAUUUGCUGCUAAAAGCAAACCCAUACCCUUUGAAGUUCUAUUUCCAGCAGCUGCAGAGAGCACAGCUGUCCUUUGUCCAUGAGGUAAUCCAGCAGAAGAGGCAGCAGGGACCACGUCCCUGGUGUCGCAUCGGUGCUGCAUUAAAACCUUGCCAUGGCUACAAGCCCAGCUGGCUGCGAGAUGGUCCUCACACCCUCCCCAGGUAGGUCUGACUUUGGCAAGAAGGGACAACAGAGGAAAUAUCAGCAUUUAACUGUAAUGGUGCUUCACUCACUGGUGGCUGGUUGAUUUAGCUGCUGCAAUAAUGUGACCUCUUGCCAGGUCUUAUUAUCACUGAGGUUCCUUCCAGUGCUUCAGUUUUGCAGGGAGAGUAGAUGACCUUUCCAUCAUUUCUGUUGAAGUGACAUGCCAUCUCCAAAGGAUAGCAAAAAACAAAGUAAGUUAUGCUUGACUUCCAGUCUGUUGAGGCACAGGGGAAAGAUGAGAAAGAGAGAGGCAGCAAGGAAAGUAAUUUAGCAGCUCAUUUAUUUUCUGUAUCUAUGAGAACAUUUGUUUCUGAAGUGCACCUGUUUUAAAAGAUUUGACUUGUUGUGAAUGGCAAAUAAAAGCUUCUCACUGAUGCAGUGUAGCUGGGAUUAAGAGAACCUCUCCAACAGACAAUGUGGUUCCCUGACCCCACUGGUUUCAUAACAUCUAUCUAAUAGUAGUGGCAACAAACUCUUUUUCAGUUCCAGGUGAAGGCUGCCUGGCUUGUUUAAGGGGUUAUAGCCUGUGCUUGAUAAGAGCAAGGAUGCUGCCUACCUAGAUUCCUGCUUGGGGAAAUAGCUUCUGCCUCUAGCAUUUAUGCAGGCAUUUCUUCAUUGCCACAGUGUGUGGAGGUUAAAUUUGGGCAAGACUUGCUGCUCCUUCCAAGAAACUGCUGAGCUUUUGCUUUACCUGUUGGCUGCAGUGAUUCCACUGGAAUUCUGCAGAAUCAUGUAGGGUCAGUGGGAGCUUGAAAGUGUCUGUGUCAGUGAGUUUAGCAAGCUUCACCUAAAAAUCCACAGUCACCUUUCAUCAGGGAUGUAAACCAUGGGCUUAGGCACUCUAGGUCCUUAGAAAGGGAGAGAAGAGGCAAGUGCAGAAGAUACAUCAGAUCCUAGAGGAGAUGUCUCCUGUUUCAGAAGUGACCCUUCAACAUGUCCUCCUCCCACCUACAGCAGAAGGGUCUUUGAAGAGGUGAUUCAGCUUACUCAGAUUUGCUUCUCCAAAAGUGUGGUGAUGGAUGUGUGCUGCUCACCCAGUCUAUAUUUGUUGCACUAAAAAAAGAGAAACAGAUGAUUGUAAAUGAUGUCCACCUUAAAAAUGGACUUGAGAGGACUCAGAUUGGCACUUAGGCUACUAAACAGGGCUGCAAAUUCUUCCAGCUGCAAGGUCUGGUUAAGCAACGGGGAAAGGAAGGUGUGUUUUUGUGUAUGUCCAAAUUCAGCCUAAUUUGUUGCCUCAUUUAUUUUCUGUAUCUAUGCAAAAAUUUAUUUUUGAAUUGCAUUUGGUUACGCAUCCUGAAGGGCUCCUAGUGUUUUCUUGCUGACUUGAUUUCUUUGGGGUUAUUUGGACCAAAUGUUGACAUUUCAGUUUCACUGUGUUUUUGGUCUACAUAGCAUUGGAAUCUGCCGUCAUUUUGGUGAGUUCUGCCUGCAUGUCUCUUUGUGGAUCUCCUAUUGUAAGUAGAAAUAUGAACGAAAAUGUAUCCUUUCUCAAGUUCAUGUUGAAAGGAGUAAAAGUUGCUUUUGGAAGUUUAAGUUAAAUGCGUUUGGAGGAAUGUGUUCUGCGGCACACAUUUGAAAGCAAUUUAAAUUAAAAGUGUAUAUCUUGAACAAAAAACAAUUACAUGGUCAUUAAUUCUAAAAAGUUUCACUGUGGAAAAUAUUCAAUCUACAGUUUCAUCAUUUAAUUUCAGUUCUAAAAGUGAGCUGACUGAGAGAAGAGCCUUCCCCCAUCUCUCACAUCAUGUAAAGCAUUUAUAAGGAAGGAAAAGAUGUGGAGUAACGUGCAAUAGAAUGUCAAAACAGAAUCCCCUGUCCGAUCCCCAUGCUUCACUAAGGUGUGUAUCUCCUGCUUAUUUUGCAUGAAAUGAUGUUUUCUCUCAGCUGUGCAACACAUAAAACUCGAAUUGACCUUAUUCUUUGCUUCAAAUAUUUUAAAAUGUUUAAAAGAACCAAUUUUACAUAGGUUCGUUCUCGACCUCUCUCAAAUGGAGAACUUCUCAUGGAAUUAGCGUUGCAGAAAUUCCUGUUCCACGUCCUUAUCAACUGUUACGUCUAACUAUGCACUAUCUCACUGCUUGCUGCUUUUGAUAUCGUGUGUAAAAUAAUUGUGCUACCACAAUGUCUCUUGAGCAACAAACUGAUAGACAGUGCUGACCUGGGGGGGCAAGAUGAAGGCAUGAAAUGCUUGAAGAAAACCACACUGCUGUGACUGAGUUCGUUCUCUUGGGUUUCACUGACCGUUGGGAGGUGAAGUUACCUUUGUUUGGGCUCUUCCUGCUCAUCUAUGUCACCACGCUGGGGGGCAACGCUGGCAUCAUCGUACUCGUCCGGCUCAAUGCCUGUCUUCACACGCCCAUGUACUAUUUCCUGAGCAAUUUAUCUUUCUUAGACCUCAGCUAUGCCUCCACCAUUGCUCCCAAGCUGCUGGUGAAUCUCGUAGCGCAGCGCACCAACAUUUCCUUCUUUGGUUGUGCUACACAGAUGUUUCUCUUUGCUGCUCUGGCUGAUGCUGAGUGCUUCCUUUUGGCUGUGAUGGCCUAUGACCGCUACAUGGCCAUCUGUCAGCCUUUUCUCUACUCCGUUGCCAUGUCGCGCCGGGCCUGCGCCUCCAUGGUAGCUGGGGCUUAUCUCAGCGGGGGCCUGACCUCGCUGGUGCACACGUCUUUCACGUUCACCCUGUCCUUCUGUGGCUCCAACACCAUCAACCACUUCUUCUGUGACAUUCCCCCACUGCUGGAGCUCUCCUGCUCAAGCACCACGGUUAACGAAGUGCUUCUCAUCACCUUGUGCGGUUUCAUACAAACCAGCUCCUUCCUGGUCAUCGUCAUCUCCUACGCCUGCAUCCUUGGCACCAUCCUCCAGCUCCAUACGGCAGAGGGCAGGCACAAGGCCUUCUCCACCUGCAUCUCUCACCUCAUGGCUGUUGGAUUCUUCUAUGGCUCCCUCCUCUUCAUGUACUUACGGCCCAGCUCCAGCUACUCAUUGGACACCGACAAGCUGAUUGCUUUGUUUUACACUGUCAUCCUUCCCAUGCUGAACCCCGUGAUUUACAGCUUGAGGAACAAGGAGGUGAGGGAAGCCUUAAGAAGGUCACUAGAGAGAAAAGUGUUUUCUCAGUCAUUUACUUAGCAGGAAAAACUACAUCUAAGUGCUGAUAGGGUAGCUCUGGUUCAUCGCUGCGCAAUCAUUAAAUCUGUCUAAUACCUGUUCCUGUUUUUCCUAUCAUCUCCAUCUUAACUGGCUUCCACAGUUGUAUUUUGUUGUUGCUGGAAAUAAAAAAGGGGUUAUGUAGUGAGUAUUUUCCUAAGGCAGAAACCUAAAAUAAGGCUAAUUUUUAUUUCAAGAACCUAUCUGUCUGCUAUUUCACCAAAGGGAAUCACUCCCAGAUAUGGGCAUCUACAGUUUUACAUUUCUUACAUUUAGCGAGGUUACCUUCAACCUCCAUAUUUCAUAGAUGAAUCCUCUGUCAUGCAUUUAAGAACUUACGGUUGGUUGUUAAAAAUAGAGCAAUUGUAUUCUGGAUUAAGCAGCUCACCUGUACUUUUUGUAGAGGUAUUUUGUAACACCUAUUCAGAGGCAUGACUGUGAUCCGUCUUUUCUGGAAAGUGAGUUAUGUCUACUUUUGACUGCAGAUGUUUAAAUUGAAUAAAGUAAUUGAAAACUUUCA